ACUUUCCUUAAACUGUAGGAACCAUCCAAAGAACACCAUGUAUGCAAAUAUUCAUGCAGCACACAUCAUAAAAAAGUUACCUUCUGUUUAUUAAUAAUCAUAGUUGUGUUUUCUGUUUCUCCUUUAGGUCAAAUGYCAAUAAGAGAGAGAACAGUUAUAUCAGAGGAGCAGAAGGUAAUCCUCCAAAAUGCCUUUGAGCAAGGGAUGACCAGGGUGGGCUCACCACUGAUAGCUGCAGCAGCAGAGGCCACUGGUUUGGUACCAGCUGUUAUAAACAACUGGAUUGGAAAUCAUAGAAGGUCUUUAAAACCAUCAUCCUUCCCUAAACCAGUAAGGAAGAAGUUAUACACACGGGAACUUUCCGCCUACAAUCUUUUCUGCAGGGAUCUUCUGCGGAACAAGGGCAACCUGAAGGAUAUUAAACAGAGCUGGUCCUCAUUAGGAGAAGCACGGAAGAAGAAGUACGCUGAGGAAUCAGCAGCUCUUAAAGCUGAAGGAAGAACAGAGCAUCUUAGCCAUAAAAUGAGGGAGCUUAAAGUUCAGAAGCACCUUAAGCGUCUCAAGUUUGAGGUAUCCAGUCUUGAGAUGCUGGGGGUGGAAACGGCUGUGAUGAUGUUUGACUGUGAGAAGCCCAACCUGGACGUGGUUGACAUAAGCAGUAAAGGAGCUGCUGGUUUUUUGGAUUCUACAGACGCCCUGGACAGUUUUGCUUCGCAUUUUAAAGGAAGCUCCUCACCUGCGUCUGCUGCCAAGGAGCCGGUUGAUAACCUGGUGAAAAAAGUGCAGGAGGUAUUCAACCAGAAAUACAACGAAGCAGGGGGUAAAGGGAGGCUACCGUACCAGUCGCUUCAAAAGCAAAGCAUUAUCAUACAUGCUUCUGGGCUGCCUCAUGGCCUGACCCUGAAAAAGCCAUCCUACUAUGGAAGGAAACAACUAGAAGACCUCUUAAAGGCUGCAGAUCAGAUUUCCUUUGAAAUAGAUGUACAGAGUGUUGACGAGGCAGCUCAAACUUCUAAUACUGUAGUAUUUCCUGCAAAUGACAUUAAGACGGAAGCUGUGGACGAYAUUUUUGAGGCAAUGUAUGGAAAUGAUAUUUACCAGGAGACCUGAGUCUGCCUGCCUGGAAAUCUGUUUAAGAGCUCUCACAUGAUCCUCACCUUCACCUGCUGCCUGCCUCUUACCUCUGAUGGUAAACAGUCACCUGUUCAGUCCUCUGGUCUGCUGGCUGCAACUGUUCAUGGAAACMUGGGUACCAAACUGUGGAACCUUCUCUUCUGAGCGACACUUCCAUCUGGAACCUAUCUGGACCCAAACCUGAGCUCACUGUAAAUAAGACACUUAUGACAACCUGUGGUUGCACCAUCAUCCAAACAAACGUGUUUGUUUGUUUUUGUUUUUGUUUUUUAACGGCCUCCACUCCACCCCUUAUUACAGGGGUGAUAGUGGGGGGAAAAAUCCUGAGUGUGAACUUUUUCCUGCCAGGUUUUUAUGUUUAAAAGGGCAAUUUAUGAUCUUUGAAAAAUACUUGAAUAUUAAAAACAUCAUGACUGAUAUUUCUACWGACCAGCUGGUCAACUAAAUAAACAGAACAUAUGUGAAAACUGUCAUUUAUAUUUCAUGUUUUAUUAAAUACAUUACACUUUUCAUAAAGUCUGGUUCCAAAUAAACUAUUUUGCACAUUAAAAUC